AUGUCACUAGAGGUUGUAAAUAAUGCUAUCGUAAAAGUGAUGAAGCUACCAUUGGAGAAGCUAGAGCAAGUUAUGCCGAUGGAUUGUAGAAAGAAAACAGAGAAGCAAUUGCUAAAACAAGAAAAACGGAAUGUUGAAACUGGUGAUAGUAACACGAAGAGUGUACAUGUGCAGCAAAAGAAAAAGAUAAAGCGUGAGUAUAAUAUGAGCAAUUACACGGCUCGUACCGUAGCGGUCAAGUUCUUGUAUAUUGGGGAGAAGUAUGCAGGGUUUGCACGCCAGGACCAUAUGCCCGAAACGGUGGAGCGUUAUCUACAUGAAGCGCUUGUGCGCUCAAAGCUCAUUACAAAGAUUGACGACGCUGGAUAUUCGCGCUGUGGACGAACGGACCGUGAUGUCAGUGCUUUUGGUCAAGUUGUGGCACUACGCGUGCGGUCGAAUUUGCCACAUACUGCGGAAUUGCUCAGUGCAUCCUCAAUUGAUGAUGUGCAUCCUGGUGAGCAGUUUCAGGUGCGGUUGGCGACGGGAGAAAUUAAGACACUCACGGAAGUGGAUUACCCUUCGCACAUUAACCGUGCACUACCGGCCGAUAUCCGAGUGUACUCUGUAGCAUCUUGUCGUCCCGAGUUUAGUGCUCGAUUCAACUGCAAGGCACGUAUGUACCGCUACUUCUUUGCGCGACGUGAUUUGGACAUCGAGAAGAUGCGCACAGCUGCACAGUACCUUGUCGGGAAGCACGAUUUCCGUAACUUUUGCCGCAUUGAUCCAAAUUGUCACGUGUAUGAGCGUAAUGUCAGCUCGUUCAAGAUUGUAGAAUGCUCAGGACAGCGCGCUGAUGAUACAAGUCAGCAAAUGUACUACUUUGAGGUAUUCGGCCGUGCAUUUCUGUGGCACCAGGUGCGCUGCAUGGUUAAGGUGCUGUUUCUAGUUGGCUCAGGAAGCGAGGAACCUAGCAUCAUUCCGCAGCUGCUGGAUAUUGCGCAGACACCGCGGAAGCCGCAGUACAACAUUGCCCCUGGAUUGCCACUUGUGCUGCACGACUGCCACUUUGCUGACCCGGAAGACACAGAAGUACCUGGUCCACGUUUUGAGCAUACUCCGCUUGCCUUACUUCAAGUGCAUGCCCAACUUACACAGACAUGGGAACAGCGUUGCGUGCAAGCGGCGAUGCUGCGUAGCCAUCUCGAUGCACUGGAAGCGUGUCAGAUAGAUGCAGCUCGAGUCGUAAAAAAGUUGGAUCACUACGCACCAAAGCUGGAGCAACUGAUGCGGCAACGCAACCUUUUGACGGACAAAGGUGGUAUAGUACAAUGGAAAGAUGUGAUUCCUCUACUCCCGUUGUCCAAGAAACGGAAGAUAUUACCGUUGAUGAAACGUGACACAGGUCACUCUGUCGAUGAGUGCAAACUUAAAGCCCAAGAGCGCAAGCGUCGACGCGUCGAGGAAGAGCAGAAUGCGAUGCAAACAUCCGAAGAGGUUAAGACGGAGAGCCGGGAACACGAAGUCACGGCUACAAUAUCGCCUUGA